UGUCGUAGAAGGACAAAACUGCAAUAAACAUUGGAAAGAGCCAGGUGUCAGUCCGGACCUACUGCAGUCCACCACUAAGACCAGCCAGCAACCCAACCCCAAAAAGAACCACUUUCUGCAACAUGGAUCGUCUGGCGCAAGAGAUCACCGCUCACUUGGCCUCCAAAGGCCUCCAUCCUACGCAUGAUUGGCUUUCUAACUUCAUGAGUACUGUCCGGCAAUCCACAGCUCUGGCAGCCAUUAAACAAACGGCUCUCUUCCGUCUUCUUGCCUCCGACAUCACGCAAUCUCUUCGGCGCAGUCAGUCUAGUAUGUUUCCUGGCGAUAUCCUCAACGGAACGAUCAAAGAGCGUGUAUUACCCGGGCCCAUAGUCGUCCAGGUCAUCGAAAUCGAAGACAUUGGGCGUUCCUGCUGGAGCCAAGUCGAGGCUUUGGAGGCCGCAGAGCGCGGCGAGAUGACCAAGGGCCGCGAAGUCAUCCGCGUCGUACCAGACGAGCAAGGUACCGGCGGCCCGACGCAAACUGCAGCAGAUGAAGUUAACGCGGGAAACGGACCGCACAAGCUGUUGCUGAUGGACGUUUCGGGAACGCGCGUGUAUGCGUUGGAGUUGUUUGCCGUGAACGGCAUAGGCUUGCGCAUAAACAUUGGCGCGAAACUGGUCCUGCGGAAUGUGGUGGUCGCUCGGGGAUUGGUGUUGCUGGAGCCGAAGACGACGACGUUCGUUGGCGGCAAAAUUGACGCCUUGCACAAGGCAUGGAUCGAGGGAAGAAAGGAGAGGUUGAAAGCAGCGGCGGGUAUGGCGAAUUGA